AAAAUUCCCGCUUCUAUUCUUGAACCUUUUAUCGUAAAAGAAAUAUUAAAGUGAAUCAAAAUGGGUAUUAUAGGUUUAUCGAAAUUAAUUGCGGAUAUUGCACCUCACGCAGUUAAAGAAAUGGAAAUCAAAAACUAUUUUGGUAGAAAAGUAGCAAUUGACGCAUCCAUGAGCUUGUAUCAGUUUUUAAUAGCUGUAAGGAGUGAGGGAGCACAAUUAACAUCAGUUGAUGGUGAAACAACAUCACAUCUCAUGGGAACAUUCUAUAGGACAAUACGUCUAAUUGAGAAUGGUAUAAAACCGGUCUAUGUGUUUGACGGUAAACCACCAGAGAUGAAAUCUCAUCAGUUGAACAAGAGGGCUGAGAGACGAGAAGAGGCUGAGAAAGAACUACAGAAGGCUACAGAGGCUGGUGACUCUGCUUCGAUCGAGAAAUUUAACAGGCGUCUCGUUAAAGUAACAAAACAACACGGUCAAGAAGCUAGGGAGCUUUUGAAAUUAAUGGGAAUUCCCGUUGUCGAAGCUCCGUGCGAGGCCGAAGCCCAAUGUGCAGCUUUAGUAAAAGCCGGUAAAGUGUACGCAGUGGCUACAGAGGAUAUGGACGCUUUGACCUUCGGAGCCGAUGUGCUGUUGCGACACUUGACCUUCUCCGAAGCAAGGAAAAUGCCAGUACAGGAAUUCCAUUUAAACCAGGUGUUGAGUGGAUUGGAGCUAAAUCAUAAUGAGUUUAUAGAUCUCUGCAUACUUCUCGGCUGUGAUUACUGUGGCUCGAUCCGAGGCAUCGGGCCCAAGCGUGCCAUCGAACUGAUCAAGCAACACCGCAGUAUAGAACAAGUGUUAAAGAACAUUGACACAAAUAAAUACCAACCGCCUGAGAACUGGGCUUAUGAGGACGCUAGGAGACUCUUUCUUAACCCGGAAAUCAGCGAUGGAAAGGAUAUUGAGUUAAAAUGGACGGAUCCAGAUGAGGAAGGUCUAGUUAAGUUCCUAUGUGGUGAUAAGCAGUUCAACGAAGACCGAGUCAGGAACGGAACCAAAAAACUUUUGAAAGCCCGUUCUGGCACCACACAGGGCAGACUUGACGGGUUCUUUAAGGUUUUAUCAACAACACCAAACCCAAAACGUAAAGCAGAAGAAGAGAAAAUGAAAGCCAAUAAGAAGACAAAAGUGGGGGGUGGAAGGGGCAGAAAACCCAAAUAAAUAUCUCCAUAAGUUUAUCAAUUAUAAAAUGUACCUCCAACUCCAAAUUGUUCUCAUUAAUAAAAAUAUGUAUUAAU